UACGUGCUUUCGUGCGUGCUAAUGCGCAUGUGUGCUCGUGUGCAUGUGUAUGCAUGCGCGCGAGAGUGAGAGCAAGAGGGAGAGAGAAUCAAGAAGGAUCGAUCGCGACAGUUAGUGGGACUAACCUUGAAGGAGUUAGACAAAAAAUGCAACCAUCAAGCUUACGUCCUUUUUGAAGAGGAUACGAAAGAGAGUGUCGAGCUGUCUCGGUGGAUAAGACUAUUGGCGGCUUACAGUCGCCCUUGCGGACGUUAGUUAAGCCAACCGUGUCAGGAUGACCAGUCCCAUAACUCCUGGUGCAGACCCGUGGGUUAUUCAAAUAAACGAGCGAAUUCGAUAUCAGCAUCAAUUUGAUUCACUCAAACCUGUAAAUGGAGUCAUCACUGGAGUACAAGCAAAAGACUUUUUCCUUCAAUCACAGCUUCCUCCUAUCGUACUCGGACAAAUAUGGGGAUUAUCAGAUACAGAUUCAGAUGGAAAAAUGAAUAUUAAUGAAUUCAGCAUCGCGUGUAAGCUUAUAAACUUGAAAUUACGAGGUUUUGAAGUACCAUGUUCAUUACCACUAUCAUUGAUUAGAAGUUUACAGACUUUAACUGGCGCAAGUCAAGGCAUUGCCACAAGUCCUGCAGCCGUUUCACAAGUACCAGCAGCCGUCUCACAAGCACCAGCAGCAGUUUCUCCAAUUCCAAAUGUAACUAGUGUUCCACGACCUGUAGCAUCUCCAUCAACAAUCAUUCCUAAAAUUGGACCACCAAUUGUUCCACCCAUGACAAUGCCAAUUGCAUCACAACAAUGUAGAGAAUCUGUAGCUGCGAAUACACGUACCACGAUUCACACACCAUCAAAGCCUCCUGCUCGACCACCACCUUACAACGUCGGAGAUGCCACUGCUAAGAUUGAAAGUGGUGCUACUCCGCAAAGACCUACACCUCCUGACAGUAUCGGGGCUGGAUUUGUAUCUACAACCGGUGGUGCACCACCUAAACCUCAACCGCCAUCCUUUCCUAGCAGUCCAGUUGCAGUUGCGUCGCCGGCUAAGCCUAUCGUAUCACCACCAACGGUUCCUCCUAUUCAAAUGGUCCAGCCGCUGACAUCCUCACCAUCUAACGCAGGUAUGCCUUCAGUUGCACCGGUAGCACCUAUCGCUCCUUUAAACACCGCACCAGUACCAACAACCGCUUUUACCAUUGGUCAGGCAGUACCAAUGCAAGCUAUGGCAACGGGCAUAAUACCUCCAUUACCCACUGGUAAUACAUCAGUGUCUCCUAUUGUAUCAGUAGCAACAGGAAAUGGUAUGAUAGGAACAUCAGUAAUUCCACAGACUGUAACACCACCUGUAACCCCGAUACCUCAAAAUAAUGUUGCUCUUAACGGCAGUAUUAUACAUACUCCAGUAUCAACGAAUACACCUUUAAGCACAACAGCCAGGCCUCCAAGUAUAGAUCGAGUAGGUUCCAUAGACUCUCAACACAGUCAACAUUCCGUUAGCUCGCCACAAGUUAUUGAAUGGGCUGUACCCCAUCAAACAAAAUUAAAAUAUACUCAAAUCUUUAAUACAUCGGACAAAACCAGGUCUGGCUUCUUAUCUGGUCCUCAAGCUAGAAAUAUUAUGGUUCAGUCGCAGCUACCCCAGGCUAUACUUGCACGUAUAUGGGCCUUGUCAGACAUGGAUUCGGAUGGUCGAUUAGGUUGCGAAGAAUUUGUGCUAGCGAUGCAUUUGUGCGACAUAGCGAAAACCGGCGAAAUUAUUCCAACAGCUCUUCCUUUAGAACUUAUUCCACCAACAUUUAGACGUCAAAGGCAGAGUUCUGUUUCUUCCCAAGGCAUCCCGGACAAUGUAGACCCACUUGCUGGUAUGCCACAGACUUCCUUUGAGGAUAAACGGAAAGAAAAUUUCGAUAAAGGUCAGGCAGAAUUAGAAAGAAGACGAAAGGCUUUAUUAGAAGUUCAACGAAAAGAACAAGAGGAACGAGAACGAAAGGAAAGAGAAGAGAGUGAAAAACGAGAAAAGAUAAGAUUGGAACAAGAGAGACGUCGUCAAGCAGAAUUAGAACAACAAAUGAUGAGACAAAAAGAAAUCGAAGAAGAGAAAGAAGAACAGCGAAAACGCGUUCAAGAGCAAAGAGAAGCAGCAAGAAAAGAGAUGGAAAGACAACGUCAAUUAGAAUGGGAGAAGCAAAAGUCGCAAGAAUUACAAGCUCAGCGACAGAAGGAACAGGAUAUUCUUUUAAAACUUAAAGCAAAAAACCAAUCAUUAACCAUCGAACUUGGUUUAUUGAACGACAAAGUGAAAGAAUUAUCUCAAAAGAUUUGUGAUACGCGUGUCGGUGUAUCGAGUGUAAAGACGACAAUCGAUGGAAUGCGAACUACUAGAGAUCAACAGCUGCAAGAGAUGUCAACUUUAAAAAAUAAAUUACGUGAUCAAAAUCAGCGGUUGCUUGUUUGCAAUCAAGAGAAGGCAAGAAUCGAAGCGAAAACGAAAUCAAACACGGCGCAAGAUAACGUCGGUCAAGAGGCUCAAAAAUUGGCUUUUGCUAAUAAACAAAUUGCUUUGAAACAAAUGAAAGAUAAAAUAGUGGAUCUUGAAGAAGAGAUCACGGAAAAAGAGAAAGAAGUUGAGAAUAGCAAUAAUCAAUUGGAGGAACUUCAAAGUCAAAUGACAACGAUGUUGACAAACUACCAGGAAUUGAAUGAAAAGUUUGAGGAGAAGAAGGCAAAGAUUUUGGAAAUGCGUCAAAAUGCAAACGAGAGUGGUUUUUCAAAUUCGGCUUGGGGAGACGAAGCUUGGGGUACUUCUGAUACUACCGAAGUUGACGUCGAUGCAUGGCCUACGGAUAAUACAGUAGCGACAACAGCUACAGUCAACGAAGAAAAUCCGAGUGAAGUGAAGACGUACAGAGCUGUCUAUGAAUUCGUUGCAAGGAAUCAAGAUGAGAUAUCAUUUCGUCCUGGAGAUAUUAUUAUUGUACCACCAGUUCAGAAUGAAGAGCCUGGAUGGCUAGCUGGAGAGAUUGAUGGUCAUACAGGCUGGUUUCCAGAGUCAUACGUUAAGCCUAUUGACAUGAGCUCUAAUACAAGCAUUUCUGCUCAUGGCUUUACACAUCAAGAUAGUAUUGAAAAACGAAUGCUGGAAGAAAUAGCGGAAGUUCCUGAAAAUGUAUCCGAUGCAGGAUCUGCAGUGGGCGAAGGUCCGUUCGUUGAGCCAGUUACACCUAAAUUAGGCGAAGGACAGCUGUGCAAUAUUUCAGCAACAACUCUUUAUCCAUACCGACCUACAAUUGAACAACACCUUUCGUUCGGCAAAGGAGAAAUCGUUACAAUUAAAGAACAGCAGAGUGUUUGGUGUUACGGAGAAUCAAGUGUAGGGCAUGUUGGUUGGUUUCCGAAAUCUUAUGUGAAAAUCGAAACCAUGAAUGGACAAAACACAAUAACUCCUCCAAUAGAUAGUCUUAACGAGUAUUAUAUGUCAUUGUAUCAGUACGCAUCUAAUGAAGCAGGUGAUCUCAAUUUUAAUCAAGGCGAAGUUAUUCUAGUCACCAAAAAAGAUGGCGAUUGGUGGACAGGAGCUAUUGGCAGUAAAACUGGCAUUUUCCCAUCAAAUUACGUCGAGAAGUACGACAUACCGGAUCAGAAGACUACUCAAGCCUCAUUAGAACUUGAAAACGAACAAGAUCAAAUAAAAGAUAUGCCUGAAACAGAAAUGAAACCACAGGAGAAACCAGAAGAGAAAACAGCGGAGCAGCUUGAGGAGGAAAGGGCCGAGGCCGAGGAUGGAGCUGAAAUACCAGACUUUGCAGCUAUGUCUGCUCAACAGUACACAAAGAGAGGACGUAAGCUUGGGAUCGCUCAAGUUAUUGUAUCUUAUAAAGCGACGAGUGUCGAGCAACUCGAUUUGCAAAAAGGUCAGCUGAUAAUGAUUCGUAAAAAGACUGAUUCUGGAUGGUGGGAGGGUGAACUGCAGGCUCGAGGAAAAAAAAGACAAAUCGGAUGGUUUCCAGCUUCGUAUGUAAAACCAUUUACUAGCAGUAGCAAUCGCAGUACUCCUGUCUCUCACAGCUAUCAAGAUUCGCCAACUUCUGAUCCAUUCGUCGAAAAAGUAAUGGCACUGUAUCCUUAUAAAGCGCAACAUAAAGAUGAAAUUAGUUUCGAAAAAGGAGAUGUUAUUGUCGUUCAUUCGAAGAUUGAAGAUUCAUGGUGGCGAGGGGAAUUGAACGGAAUGACUGGAGCAUUCCCGAGUAACUAUGUAUCACCAAUAUUCAGCGAUUUUGCAAAAGAGGAUUCAAUGGCGCAACUCGAUUCUAUGGAACGAAAGCGGCAGGAGUACAUCAAGGAACUAAUCAUUACGGAGGAGGCUUACAUCGUUGAUAUGCAACUAGUACAUGAGGUAUUUGAAAAACCACUUUUAAACAGUAUGGUGCUAUCAGUGGAUGAAGUUGAUAAAAUAUUCGUCAAUUGGAGAGAUAUAAUCGCUUGUAAUGAUAAUUUUUUGAGAACAUUGAGGAUAAGGAGAGACAAUAGCGAAGGCGGAAUUGUCAGGAUGAUUGGCGAUAUUCUUUGUGAAAGUAUACCAAGAAUGUCUGCGUAUGUUAGAUUCUGUAGUUGUCAAAUCUCAGCGGCAGUGUAUCUUCAGCGACUGACGGAAACUUUUCCCGCUUUUGUCGAAGUUUCUCAAAGAUGUCAACAAGAUCCCCGUACCAAAGGAAUGCCAUUAAGUUCAUUUUUAAUCAAACCAAUGCAGCGAAUUACCAAAUAUCCAUUACUUAUCGGAAAGAUACUAGAAUAUACACGUUCCGAUCAUCCUGAUAAGCAAUAUUUACAAGAAGCGCUGGCUAAGGCCGAAGAAUUUUGUACUCAGGUUAACGAAGGCGUACGAGAAAAAGAAAAUAGCGAUAGACUAGAGUGGCUUCAAACACACGUCACGUGUGAUGGAUUAGAAGAACAAAUCGUUUUUAAUUCACUCACAAAUUCUCUUGGCCCGCGUAAGCUCAUACAUUUUGGAAUUUUACAUAAAGCUAAGAGUGGCAAGGAACUCAUUGGAUUUCUUACAAAUGACUUUUUAUUAUUCGCUCAACCAUUAAAAUCUAUACCAAGCGGGCAACAAUUUUCUUUUGAACGGAACGAAUAUCAUAGAUUCAAAUUAUAUAGAAGGCCCAUAUUUCUCCAGGAUUUAGUUCUAUUCAACGAGUCAGAAUUGCACGUAAAUUCGGGUGUCACCACAAAUGGUGGUGAUGCAUCCGAUCAGUCGAGAACCUUAAAGUUAAACGACUCCAAGAAAGCUAUUACAUUGCUAGCACCUUCCGCGAGCGAAUGUUCCUUAUGGGUGAGGCGAAUAGCAGAAGCUCGACGACAGUUUGCUGAAAAUGAAAAGUGUCGGCUACAACGUCAGCGUUCGAAACAAGCGCAAUUCAAAGCAUGUGGACGGAUUCUUGUAACGGUACUUGAAGGCUCCAGUUUAAGAGCCACAACUGUCCAUCAAAGAUCGCAAAAAGUCUUUCUUUGGAUAAUAAUUGAGGAAAUGGAAGAUCUUGUCAGUUAAAACAAAGGAAAAUGCAAUGCAUUUUGUAAAGUUUCAAUGGGCUCACAAGAGGAACAAACAAUCGUAGUUUCAGGCACAGACUGUCCAGUGUGGGAUACAUCUAUGCAGUUCCAAGUUAAGGAUUUGCACGAAGACACAUUAUGUAUUACUAUUUUUGAUAAGGGAUACUUCAGUCCAGAUGAAUUUCUUGGUCGAGCAGAAGUUCGAGUAGUGGAUAUUAUGAGAGAUAGUAAAGAUGCUUGUGGGCCAAUCACAAAACGAAUUAAGCUUCGAGAAGUUGAUAGAGGAGACGUAGUUCUAAAAUUGGACCUUCGCUUAUUUGGCAGUAGAUAGUGGAUAAAGAAAUUUUAUAAAAAACUAAUACAAAAGAGUAUGUGAAUUAAAUUCAAAUUUACAAACUAAUUUUUCAGUCCUUUAGUAUGUAAAAUAUAUAAGUAUUCUAAGAUAGUAAAAGUAUGUAUCCAAACAUUUCCAGUAUAUUAUAGUAUUUCUUUUGUAAAUGAGACUCAAAAGUCAAUGAUUAUAUGCAAAUGGUUCAUAUCUUGAAUACUAUGUUGUAUUAUUAAAAUGAACAAAGUGUUAGG